AAGCUACAGAUGGCUUCACUCCAAAGCAGCCUGCGCAUCCAGGGAGAUGACAACCUGCAGUCCAUGGUUGUGGGGACAGUGAUGCGGAAGGUGAAGUCUCGUGGCUGGAAGAAGCAGCGGUACUUCAAGCUGCAGGAGGACUGCAAGACCAUCUGGUACAAGUCCAAGAAGGCAGGAAACGCCCACUCCACAUUCUCUGUGAGUGACGUGGAGGCGGUACGCGAGGGGCACCAAUCGGAGGUCCUGCUCAGCAUCGCAGAGGAGUUCCCGCCCGACCGCUGCUUCACGCUGGUGUUCCGCGGGCGCCGUGGCAACCUGGACCUGGUGGCCGAGUCGGCAGAGGAAGCGCAGUCCUGGGUCAGGGGCAUGCGCAAGCUGAUGGAGAGCCUGGAGAGCAUGGGGCAGAGGGAGAAGCUCGACCAGUGGAUCUGUGAUUGGUUUAAAAAGGCCGAUAAAAACAAGGACGGACGAAUGAACUUCAAGGAGGUCCGGGACCUGCUGAAGAUGAUGAACGUGGACAUGAACGAGCACCACUCCCUGCGGCUCUUCACAAUGGCUGACCGGUCUCAGUCGGGCACACUGGAGGAUGACGAGUUUGUGCACUUCUACAAGAUGCUGACGCAGAGGGACGACGUGCUGAGGCUGUUCCAGACCUACUCCAGCGACGGGCAGACCAUGAUCCUGCGUGACCUGGAAGAGUUCCUCCGAGGAGAACAGCUGGAGGGGGACCGAAGCCAGCAGCGCUCCCUGGAGCUCAUCGACUGCUACGAGCCAUCCGACACCGCCAAGAUGCUCCAGGCCAUGUCUAUCGACGGCUUCCUGAUGUACCUGAGCUCUGCAGAGGAGUCCAUCUUCAGCCCCUGCCAUCAGGGCAUCUACCAGGACAUGAGCCAGCCUCUGUGCCACUACUUCAUCUCCUCGUCCCACAACACCUACCUGCUGGAGGACCAGAUACGCGGCCACAGCAGUGUGGAGGGCUAUAUCCGGGCUCUGAAGAGGGGGUGUCGCUGUGUAGAGGUGGACUGCUGGGAUGGCCCGAAUGGAGAACCCAUCGUUUACCAUGGACACACCUUCACCUCCAAGAUCCUUUUCAAAGAUGUCAUUACUGCUGUAGAAAACUAUGCCUUCAAGGCAUCAGAAUACCCCGUCAUCCUGUCCAUGGAGAACCACUGCAGUGUGGACCAGCAGCGAGCCAUGGCCCAGCACCUGAGCCUCAUCCUGGGGGACAAGCUGCUCAAGACUACGCUGGGUGGCAAGCUUCCCAACGGGCUGCCGUCUCCCGAGGAGCUGAAGGGGAAGAUUCUUCUGAAGGGGAAGAAGAUCGGGAGUCUGGAGGACAGCCUGAAUGGGAUUGGGGAGGAGCCCCUGAUGGGCGAAGUCAGCGAUGAAGACGAGGCAGCAGACAUGGAUGAAGAGAACAUGCGUGGUGACAGCCUGCGGCGCAGGGCGAGGAAAUCCAAGCAGCGUCUUUCCAAGGAGCUGUCAGACUUUGUGGUCUACUGUAAGAGCGUCCACUUCAACAGCUUCAAGCACUCUCGCAUUCACUCCAAGUUCUAUGAGAUCUCCUCCUUCACAGAAUCUAAAGCCCGGAAAUACAUGAGGGAAGCAGGGCCUGAGUUUGUGCACCACAACAGUAGGCAGCUGACAAGAGUUUAUCCCAGUGGGUUGAGGACCGACUCCUCCAACUUCAACCCACAGGAAAUGUGGAAUGCGGGUUGUCAAAUAGUGGCUCUGAACUUCCAGAAGGCAGGAGUGGAGAUGGACCUGAAUGAUGGCCUCUUCAACCAGAAUGGUCGCUGUGGUUAUGUCCUCAAACCAGAGUUCAUGAUGAGCCCUGAGAGGAGAUUCGACCCAGAGUGCCCCCAAAACUAUGAAGGCUACCAUCCUCUCAGCUUGGCCAUUCAGGUGAUCAGUGGACAACAGCUUCCCAAAGUGAAUAUCAAAGAGGGCUCGAUUGUGGACCCAUUGGUAAGAGUGGAGAUCCAUGGAGUGCCAAUGGACCAGGCUAAGCAGGAAACUAGAUACAUCGACAACAAUGGAUUCAACCCAGUUUGGAACGACAAUCUUCAGUUCACCAUACAUGUUCCUGAGCUGGCCAUGAUACGUUUCGUUGUGGAGGAUUACGAUAAGACGUCCAAGAAUGACUUUGUUGGCCAGUACACCAUACCACUGACUUGCAUUCAACAAGGAUAUCGACACAUCCAUCUUCUGUCCAAGGAUGGAACCAGCAUCUCUCCCGCCUCCCUGUUUGUGCACAUCAGGAUAUCUGAUCUACCGCCAUCUGGGCUGGGGCCUUAACAACCUACUAGGGCCUCAAUGACCUACUGGGGUUUCAACCACCUUCAGGGACCUCAACAAUCUCCUGGGACCUCGACCACUUACUGGGGCCUCAAUGACCUACUGGUGCCUUAACAACCUUCUGGGGCCUCAACAACCUCCUGGGGCCUCAACAACCUUCUGGGGCCUUAACAACCUUCUGGGGCUUCAACCACUUAUGGAGACCUCAACCAUCACAUUUGCAGGAUAUGGACACAUCCAUCUUCUAUCCAAGGAUGGAACCAGCAUCCCUCCCGCCUCCCGGUUUGUGCACAUCAGGAUAUCUGAUCUACCGCCAUCUGGGCUGGGGCCUUAACAAUCUACUAGGGCCUCAAUGACCUACUGGGGUUUCAACCACCUUCAGGGACCUCAACAAUCUACUGGGACCUCAAUGACCUACUGGGGCCUGAACAACCUUCUGGGCCCUUAACAAUCUACUGGGACCUCGACCACUUCCUGGGGCUUCAAUGAACUACUGGGGCCUUAACAACCUUCUGGGACUUUAACAAUCUACUGGAGCCUCAACCACCUACUGGGGCCACAACCUACUUAACUUACCAACCUGCAGAACGACUGUGUUACUCCUGUGAGCUCCUCCCAGAAACCUAGGCCUCUUAAAAAGUUUUUUUUUGCAGUACACUAAACUUUUGGCAAACAGGAGUGGACAAGGCUGUUAGCUUUGAAGAGUUACAAUAUACAGUACAUACAUGAAAAACUGGGUUGGUCAAAAAGGCACAAAGCCUGAUAAGCAGACAUGUCUGUACCUAGUUUGUGUGGCGGAAAUGAAAACAAUAGACACCAGCCAAUAGAUGACCUAAACAGGUUGAUGUGGAGCGGAAAUCAUCCAUUCAUGCUGUGUCCAUUUCACUGGCUAAAUUGGGUUGCCACUGACCUUGUGUGUCCCAGUCAUGUACCUUAGCCACUAGGCUACAGGCUGCCCCUUUAAAUCUCUUAACUUCCAAUGCAGAACAAUUUGCUGCCAUUAUUCUGAAACUUGCAAAGUUAACAUCUGCUUGGAAUGUGGUGACAAGCACCACACACUGCAUUCACAUCAGUCACAAUAACACUGUAAAACCAAACAAAUGUAUGAAGAGUCAACUGUGUUUUUAUAGUGACUUGAGGUGAAACUUUAUGCAAUCUGAACACAUUUUUCAUUGCAGUACUAGCCAAAAACCACACGACAGUAACUGAACAUUUCAGCCGAUAUUACUGAAUUAAAUCUGGGUCACAGACACCCAAUCCCUUUCAUCAGUGCUGAACAAAACACUUGUGUCUCCAAGUAAUGAAAUUCUUAGCAUAAAACUGCUUCCAUCGUGUGAUUGUUUAGAUUCAUGUGUUUUUGAGUAGACAGAGCUGGUACUGAACUUUCAACAUGAUAAAAUGUAGAGAUAGCUUUCUUGACACUGAUUUGUUUUAUUUCUAUACACCAACAAGAAUUCACUGAGAAA